GCGACCAGCUGAGCUGUUUAUCCCUUCAGGAAAGUGUGUCUGGCUUAGUGACGACACUUCCCCCGCUCGCCUUUCGUCCAGAACUUUUUUUUUCCUUCUCCACACUCCAGGACGCAGGGAAUUUAACUUUUUCCUUCUCCCCCCCUUUUCUUUUUUCUCAGUUAAAAAAAUAAAACUCCAGCAUGUCGCCGCCGUCUCGACGGCUUCAGACGAAGCCCGUGAUUACCUGCCUGAAGACUUUCCUUAUCUCCUACAGCCUUAUUUUCUGGGUCACAGGCGUCAUCCUGCUGGCCGUUGGCGUGUGGGGGAAGGUGAGCCUGGAGGCCUACAUCGCCCUGGUUGCCGAGGAGAGCACCAAUGCACCAUAUGUCCUCAUCGGGACCGGAGCCAUCAUCGUUAUAUUUGGACUAUUCGGCUGCUUUGCUACGUGCCGUGGCAGCCCGUGGAUGCUCAAACUGUAUGCCAUGUUUUUGACCUUGGUCUUCCUGGCUGAGCUCGUGGCAGGAGUCUCAGGCUUUAUUUUCAGGCAUGAGAUCAAGGCCAAACUGGGCACCGCCUAUCAAAAGGCAGUGCAAAACUACAACAGCACGGAGGGAGGCAGGGAUCUAGUGGACAACAUACAGAAGACGCUUCAUUGCUGUGGGAUUAAUAAUUACACGGACUGGAACAAUACAGAGAACGGCAUCCCCACCAGCUGCUGCAAAGUUGCUGCCAAGUGCUCACCAGACAUUCUGAAGGAUUUUGUGAAGGCUGGGGAUGAGGUUUACACAACGGGCUGCUUUGCACUGGUGACCAGCACAAUGGAGGACAAUCUGGGAAUAAUUGCUGGGAUUUCUUUUGGAAUUGCAUUCUUCCAGGUCAUUGGGAUAUUCCUGGCCUGCUGCUUGUCUCGAUAUAUCACCAACAAUCAGUAUGAGAUGGUCUAACAGUCACCUUCCACUGGUCACUGAUGAGCCGCUCCUGGUGCAAACUGAGUUGGGAUUUUAAUGUUUUGUGUUUGUGUUAUUUUCAUGGCAUUUUAGAGAAGGGAAAACACUCACCGCUUCUUCUUUUACUCAAUCUCACAGAAGGGGAAAAAUGUCUGAGGGACAUCAAAAAGGGAGAUUACCUAAAACGUAGUGUAACCAAAAAAAACGAUCAGAACAUUUCACAGGUCAUUUGUUAUUUCUGGGAGUAUUUAUGUUGUGCGUUAGUGUCACUUUUUUUUGAUUUAAUUAAUUUGUCAACACUUUCAUGUACUGUUUUGCAGUUGCCUUAUUUUGUAAUUUUGCUAGUAGCCUGUAGCUGAGCAGAUGAAAUGUAGAUGAUAAUCUGUUAACGUUAAACUUCUGUGUAUCUUUAUGUGAAACCUAUAUAAGCCCAAGAAAUUGACAGGAGGUCGGCAUCCUGAAAUCAAUUGUACACAGUUUAUAGGAGUUGUGUGGGAAAACGAGCCUUACCAAUCAUGUGAUGAAGUCCCGUUCAAAGCUUGCGUUCAUGUGUGCCAACUACAGCCGGCUUCUUACGAUUUUCAGUGAUAGUGUUAUUCUUGUGUGGAUGCAUGUGAAAUACUUGAAAAUAAAAGAUGAGAUCCAGUGUUUCUGA